AUGGCUGCCCGAGAGAAUUCCUGGGAGGUGGCCAUUGAGUUGAUUUCCAGGGUCGAGGGACUCCGACUUACCCAGUCGCCAUACAGGGACAGCACGCGCGGGGGGGGAAGAGGGGAGGGGGAGGAAGGAGAGGAUCCAACUGAACAAAGGAAUGACGGCGCGCGACCGGCGAAAUGGAUCGCGGGGGAAGGAACCACGAUCACUGGAGCGACGGAAGAGGGCUACUGCUACACACGUAGAGGUCCGGACCACCAGGCGGGGGGGGUGAUCGAGAAGGGAGAAGAGGAGGCUGGGAGCUUCGAAUACGAGCCAACACGGGCGGCUAGUGUCACGAUCAUGAGAUGA